GAAUCCCUAAUGUUUCAUCACAAAUAACAAUGGGGCUUUGUACAGUUCAGCCUAUCACUCUCUCGAAGCUUCCUAACGCCUCCUCUUUUCUUCCUAAACCUAAACCCUCUCUUCCUCAGUCUUACACUCCCUCCGCCGCACACUUAUCUCGGUCAGUUUGCUUAAGGAAUCUGUCGCCAAAGGCAACAUCUUCUGAAGAAGAAAGGUCCAGUGGGGGAAGUCAAUUUUUCAAUGAGAAGCGCGAUGGUGUAAUAAUCCUGGAGGAUGUUAAAGAGGAUAAUAAUAAGAAUGAGUUCGAUAAAACGGUGAUUGAAGAUACAAAGCAAGACUUGUUUGAUGAUGAUGGACAGGGUCUAUCAUUUGAUUUGCUGGAUAAGCUCAAUUUUGAUACUGAUGACACUGGUUCUAUUGUCGUGUAUGGGGGUGGUGCCUUGGUGGCUCUGUGGCUAACAUCAGCGGUUAUUGGCGCAAUUGAUUCUAUCCCAUUGUUUCCCAAGCUGUUGGAAGUUGUGGGGCUUGCAUAUACAGUGUGGUUCACUUCCCGUUACCUGCUUUUCAAGCAAAAUAGAGAUGAAUUGGGUGCUAAAAUAGAAGAGCUCAAGGGACAAAUUUUUGGUUCAGAGGAUAAUUGAUUGCUCUGAACGGAUGAAAUGUUUGUGCUGCCACUUAAAACAAUGUACAGUAACAGUUACCGUUGUUUUAGUUUUGGCUGAGAUGUAAAAAUAUAGUCAGCACCAGAUUUCUCUUAUUCAAGUUUUUGACUGCUAUUGCCAAAUUGUCUCUAGUGCAUUGUGGGUGCACGUUGCAUUUCUUUAUUGUUAUUAUACGAUCUAGAUUUUUUUAAAAAUUGUAACAAGAAAAAUUGACGACG